UAAGUGGGGCCCCUUAGAAUUGGAGGCCCUAAGUAAGGGAUUAGUUAACAUAAAGGUUAAGUUGGCCCUGCCUCAAUCACGGGUGCCACCUCCAUCGUCUUUUUUUAUUUAAUUUCAUUGAAGAUUUCGAUUUUGCAAGUCUCCUUUCUUAUUCUGUCUCUUUUUUGUGUUUUUUCCCAGUAAGUAUCAAUUGAUUUCAGGUCAAAUCCAAAGUGUGCAAUCAGAGGCAAAGAAAGAAGUGUGUUGUUGAAAGUUAUUUGAUUUAAUAUCAUUGAAGAUUUUGAUUUUGCCUUUUCGAAGAUAUGUAUCCGAAUGCCCUAGCUUGGUUUAGGGCUUCAAGUUUCAGAAUUUACAGAUUAUUGAAUCAAGAAUCAAAUUGGUGUACAAGGCAAUGUUCGUCAAUUUGAAAACCCAAAUCUGGAACAAAAACUUUUCAGUGCUUCCACUUCCAUGCAACAAACAACCAUUCAACCACCAACCACACAACCACCACCAGAAACUGUUCCUGAAACACAAGCGGGAGGUAGUCGGAAAGGGAGAUGGGAAGGAAAAGGGAAAAAGGAAAGAGAAGGCAGUUGCGGAUACGGAAGAAGAUCCUACACUAUGGUGGACAUCAGAGGAGGAUUACGCGUUGGCGGUGGCGUGGUGCGGGACUUCAAAGGGUUCAACUAUCGGAAAUGAUAUGCGAAGAAUUGGGUUUUGGGAAGUCGUGCUCGACAAAUUCCAUGCUCUAAUGAAGAAACAACCAUAUCGCAAUAUCGAUAUGCUUAGUAGCAAGUGGACUCCGAUCAGUCGCUGGUGCACCAAGUUUAAUGGGAUUUUCAUGAGACUAGAAUCGCAAAAACAAAGUGGUGAAAAUGAUUUUGAUGUGUACAAAUCUGCGUGUGAACAAUAUCAAGUCGAAAUGGGACACACUUUCGAGUUUGAAAAAAUAUGGGAGAUUGUUAGGCUAGAUCCAAAAUGGAUUAAGGCGAUAACAUCGUUGGAGGCAUAAUCAAAGAGGAAUAAGAUCGGGUCUACACGCGGGUUGCAGGUGUAUCCGGAUGUUAUGAUCUGGAGUAUAUAGCUUACUCUCUAAGUGAUUUUGAUAUAGAGUCUUAGAUAUUUUUUGUACGAAACUGUUCAUUCUCUCUAUCCACAGAUUAGGGUUUGUUCAUACUUCUUGCAGUUCUUUUCUGUAUUGUUCUUAGGUUCAUAUGAGAGUGAGAGUUAAUGUAGUGAGGUUUCCGUUGUAAUCAGUUUUGAUGUAUAAACCAUCUGUUUCAUAGUGAAUGAAAUGAUGAAGUUGGGAAAUCUUCGAGUUGUUUAGAUU